ACCCUCCUCAACAGGAUCUACACUGAGCUCUACAUCACAGAGGGACAGAGUGAAGAGGUUCAUACCCAACAUGAGGUGAGGCAGCUGGAGACAGCUUCCAAGAUGGACGCCCUCCAUGACGCUCCAAUCAGGUGCCAGGACAUCUUUAAAGCCUUACCUGACCAACAGAGACCCAUCAGAGUGGUUCUGACCAACGGCGUGGCUGGUGUUGGAAAAACCUUCUCAGUGCAGAAGUUCACUCUGGACUGGGUAGAGGGCUUGGAGAACCAACAUGUCAGUGUGGUGGUUCUGCUUUCAUUCAGGGAGCUGAACCUGAUCAGAGAUGAGCAGUACAGUCUUCUGGAGCUGCUCCAUGUUUUCCAUCCAACAUUACAGAAGGUCACAGCAGAGAAGCUGGCUGUCUCUCAGCUUUUGUUCAUCUUUGACGGCCUGGAUGAAAGCAGACUUUCAUUGGAUUUCACCAACAGGAAGCUGCUGUCUGAUGUCACACAGAAGUCAUCAGUCAGCCAGCUGCUGACAAACAUCAUCCAGGGGAAUCUGCUUCCCUCGGCUCUCGUCUGGAUCACUUCCCGACCUGCAGCGGCCAAUCAGAUCCCUCCUACAUGUGUCAACAGGCUAACAGAAGUACGAGGCUUCACUGACGCCCAGAAGGAGGAGUACUUCAGGAGGAGAUUCAGUGAUGAAGAGCUGUCCAGCAGAAUCAUCUCCCACAUGAAGACAUCCAGGAGCCUCCACAUCAUGUGUAGUAUCCCAGUCUUCUGCUGGAUCACUGCUACAGUUCUGGAGCACAUGUUGACUACAGAGCAGAGAGGAGAGCUGCCCAAGACCCUGACUGACAUGUACUCACACUUCCUGCUGGUUCAGACAAAGAGGAAGAAGAACAAGUACCAUGAGGGACAUGAGACGAGUCCACAGGAGCUGACGGAGGCUGACAGGGAAGUUCUUCUGAAGCUGGGGAGGCUGGCGUUUGAACAUCUGGAGAAAGGAAACAUCAUGUUCUACCAAGAAGACCUGGAGCAGUGUGGUCUGGAUGUGACAGAGGCCUCGGUGUACUCAGGAGUUUGUACAGAGAUCUUCAAAAGAGAGUGUGUGAUCUUCCAGAAACCAGUCUACUGCUUUGUUCAUCUGAGCAUUCAGGAGUUUCUGGCUGCAGUCUACAUGUUCCACUGUUUCACCAACAGGAAGACGGAGGUGCUGAGGAACUUCCUGGGAGACCUUUAUGAUUCUCGUUAUCCUGGAAGGAUAGACUGGAAUGAGGAUGAGGAGUAUGAUAAUGAUGAUGACAGUUACAGUGAUAAUUAUCAUGAUGAGGAAGUUUUGCUGGAUGAUUACAUGAUGCGUGAAUCCUCUGUGGAUGGUUUUUUAAAGAGAGUCAUGUCUAAAUCCCUCCAGAGUAAAAAUGGCCACCUGGACCUGUUUGUUCGCUUCCUUCAUGGCCUCUGUCUGGAGUCCAACCAGAGACUCUUAGGAGGUCUGCUGGGUCAGACUGAGAACAGUCCAGAAAUCAUCCAGAGAGUCAUCAACAACCUUAAGAAGAUGAACAGUGAUAAAAUCUCUCCUGACAGAAGCAUCAACAUCUUCCACUGUCUGAUGGAGAUGAACGACCUCUCAGUACAUCAGGAGAUCCAAGAGUUCCUGAAGUCAGAAAACAGAUCAGAGAAGGAACUCUCUGAGAUCCACUGCUCAGCUCUGGCCUUCAUGCUGCAGAUGUCAGAGGAGGUUCUGGAUGAGUUGGACCUGCAGAAGUACAACACGUCAUGGCGGGGACGACAGAGACUGAUUCCAGCUGUGAGGAACUGCAGAAAGGCUCGACUGACUGACUGUGGACUCUCAGAGACUCACUGUGAAGUUGUGGCCUCAGCUCUGAAGUCCAACCCCUCCCAUCUGACACAGCUGGACAUUAGUGUAAACGUCAUGCUGGAUUCAGGAGUGAAGCUUCUGUGUGCUGGACUGGAGAGUCCAAACUGUCGACUGGAGACUCUGAGACUGAGUUGCUGUAACCUGUCAGCUAGAAGCUGUGACUCUCUGUCCUCAGUUCUCAGCUCCCAGACAUCUAGUCUUAGAGAGCUGGACCUGAGUAACAACAACCUUCAAGAUUCAGGAGUGAAGCUUCUGUCUGAUGCACUGCAAAGUCCACACUGGAAACUGGAAACUCUGAGACUAAGUGGUUGUAACCUGUCAGGGAGAAGCUGUGAAGUGCUGUCCUCAGUUCUCAGCUCCCAGUCAUCUAGUCUGAGAGAGCUGGACCUGAGUAAUAAUGACCUACAUGAUUCAGGAGUGAAGCUUCUGUCUGCUGCAGUGCAGAGUCCACACUGGAGACUGGAAACUCUGAGACUGAGUGGCUGUAACCUGUCAGAGAGAAGCUGUCAAUCUCUGUCCUCAGUUCUCAGCUCCCAGUCCUCUAGUCUGAGAGGGCUGGACCUGAGUAAAAAUGACCUUGAGGAUUCAGGAGUGAAGCUUCUGUCUGCUGCACUGCCGAGUUUACAUUGUACACUGGAAACUCUGAGUCUGUCAUGCUGUCUGAUCACAGAGAAAGGCUGUAUUUCUCUGGCCUCAGCUCUGAAAUAA